AUGAGGGCAUCGAUAUUGACGUUGUCUUUGGGCGCGGUUGCCUUGAUUUCCGCACUUCCGAUAGCAAAGCCAGGAACUGGAUCUUUGAUCCCGAGGCUUGAUUUGGUGGGAGGUACGGCUGCGACAUACACAGUUGGUACUGGGACCGAUACGCGAGGUUUGUCCUCACGAGCUAUCGAACAAGAAACUCGGGGUUUAGUAUCAGAUGGUGCUAAAUCAAGGGACCUUGUCAAGGACGCCUUCGGAAGAGGAGCAUACGGUAUUGAUGCUGCUCGUCCGGUCGACUCAUCGCCGAAUAGUACAGAAUGAAUGGAUGGAAGGGGGGAGCGGAAACUUGACAGGGAUCGUUUGAAAGGUAGAAAAACUCAAGUGGAGUAUGCACUUGGGCGGUUCAGUUGGCUUAGGAGAUUUUGACAGGAGAACAGGAAGUGUAGUAAAGUUGAUGAGCAAAUGUAGAUCGAGAUUGUGCAACACAGGAGAAGCUGCUUCUUGGGCCGCUAGUGGACAUAAAAUAAUGACCGAACAAGCGAAUGUAAAUAAUGGUCAAACUGAAAGAUCAGCUAAACAUGCACCACAUUCGAAGACCCUCGGGAGGCCGAUCA